AAAACCAAGUUUACGGCACGUAACAAAAAAAAUAAAUAUAAAAAGUAUUUCUCAAUUAAAGUACCCGGAAAGAACCUCGUAACCAGGAAGUCCAUGGAACCUGUGAAACCCGUGAAACUAAAGAUUUCACUGCAAAAACGAAGUGUGACAAAGAGUACAAAUGUUACUAGAAAAUAUGUACAGCCCAUUCAGGAUGUUCACGAUAUUGUUAGGUCUAGCUACGAUAGCUUGCGCCAUUUGCAUCUCCUUCAUGUCAACCAAUCGGCGGUGAAUCUCACUUUGCAGAAUUUCAAACGAAUGCCAAACGACACCAAGUACACCUGUGGCUAUCGCAGGAUCAGCACAACUCCAUCGGGACUGUACAUCAAGGGAAGCCUCAGUCGCGCAGUGGAGAUUCCCUUCCAGGAUAAGUAUAUUGUCCCGGUAGAUGUGCGUGGCAUGAUUUCCAUUUGCAAGAACAGUCUGGGCGAUGUGCUACAGGUUCAACCCUUUACCUUUGUCCAGCCCAUCAAUCAGUCAGAACAUUUCCAGCCACAGAGUCAGCGUCGUCCCAGCGUCCUUAUGUUUGGAUUCAAUGGCAUGACCGCGAGCACCUUUCGCUCCACCCUGGACGGUAUGCCAAGACUGGAGAGCAAUAUCCAGGGCUGGUUCGAAAUGCACAACUACAAGAGAAUGGGCGAGAAUAGCUACAUCAAUCUGAUGGCCCUGGUUUCGGGGCACAGUCCCAGUGCGAUGCACAAUCUACCAUCGCCUAGCGCCAUGGAUGCGUUGCCUUUCAUUUGGCAGCGUUAUAAGGCAAAGGGUUACCUGACGUCCUACGCAGAGGAUCUCACGCUCAUCCGAAAGUUCCCUUUUGAGUUUGGGCAGAAGCCCGUGGACUACUAUCUGCGACCCUUCAUGCGGGGCAUUGCCGACAGUUUGCAUCUACGCAAUCGAUCAACAGAAUACCAUGGACUGGAGAGGCGUCUGUAUGUGGACUAUGUCUACGAUUAUUGUCAGCAGUUGCUGGAGCAUUACCUCAACCAUCCACAACCUCUGUUCGGUCUCUUCUGGACAAGCAAUUUCGGGAGUUCGGAAAAGCGGGAGCCAACGCUACGGGACUACAUCGAACGCUUCGAGCACUUGGGUUUGUUCAGGGAAUCAAUUGUGAUAUUCUUCAGUGAUCAUGUGUGUCAUCCCAUGCUGUUUGUGUGGCUGCCAGAAUGGGUGCGCCAGCAAAAUCCCGAAAUAGCCAUUGCUCUGACAAUCAAUAGACAGCGCAUGACCUCACCCCAUGAUCUCUAUCUCACUUUGCAGGAUAUUCUGAAUUUGGGAGCCAAAGUACCAGCAAAUCCGCUGCUCCAACCCGAAGGCUGCCCCACCUGUCGCACACUGUUCCAGGAAAUUCCCGAGAAUCGCACCUGCCACGAGGCAGCUCGCAGCGAAAACUACUGCGACUGUGACGCCUUCGCGGAACUGUUGCAGGAGGAAGAAGAGCUGCUGCCACUCGGCCAGCUGCUGGUCGACAGCCUCAACGAGUACCGCCUCUCGCGGGUGCAGCUAAGGGAUCGCUGUACGGCGUUUACCCUGCAGAAAGUUGAGUCCAUUCAUCAGCAUAGAUCCGCCCUCAAGUCGAGCAUUGUCCAGUAUCGAGUGCGUUUCACUACCCAACCCAAAGCCGCGAGAUUCCUGGCCACUGUGCUGUACGAUCACGACACCAGGCAACUGGUGAAUGUUAGUGUUCCCUCCUUUGGGCGACUGCUGGGAUAUGUGGAUCAAUCAAAGUGUGUUGAGGAUGAGAAUUACAAAAAGUUCUGUCUGUGUAAGCCAGCCAACAAAGUGAAGAAAAAUCCCAGGAUAAUACGAAAAAGUAAAACCAAAACGGGUGGAAAGCAACUUGGAAUUGAGCAAUUGUUGGACAAUUUCAAUCAGGAAGUGGAUCACAUAGAAAAAUUCAACACUUUGAAACGUCAACAGAUCCGAGUGAAAGUACGAAAGCUGAAACAGAGGCUCGUAACCUCCAGUACAACUUCCGAUAUGAUCACCUAUUUAGAACCGAACACCACGCCAAUGUCCGAAGUUAUCGAAACGCAUGUCAAUGUUCCUUUUACCCUUAACUUUUGAUGCAAAAACUUUCCUUCACGUAGCGUUAGAUAAGAUAGAACGCCUUGGGAAUAUAAAUUGUACAUUUAUUUAAACGCUACACUAGAUACAAUCUUAUAUGGUUUGUUUGCCAAAUGAAUCUGACGGAUGUCAUUCGUGUUCAACUAAUGGGCGCUACGCAUGUCACACUACAAAAUAGACUCUAACAUAUAAAUUGAUAUCAAAACAUCUUUUAGCAGAAAAGUGAAAGCGUAAACAUCCUGUAACAGAAGUUUGAUUUCAACUAAAAUACUUUUCCUGCUCGCAUUUCUUUAUUAAUUUCCGCGGCAAAACCAUCGGGAACAAGCCCCCCUGGCAUGAAGAUAUUAUGUUUCCAAUCAACAGAUUGGAGUGGCACGUGCCACUGCUGCCUAACGCUGUUGCCAAGGAUGAAUAGAUACCGAACCCAAAAGUAGGCAUGCGUAUCGUAGUUUGUACUACCGAAUGACUGACAAUCCCAAUUAAGCUGUUAUCAAUUGAAUGAUUAUGUCAGAGAGUGUGUAGCCAGUUGUGUUCAGACUUUAUAACGCUGUUUACAAAUGCAUUAUGAUAAUAGACAGCAACCAGCCCCAGACUAUCAGUAUUAGCUC